AUGUCAUCAUCAUUUAUUUCGUUCCUUCUUCAAACUAAUCAACGAAUAAUGACUUAUGGUGGUAUAUCAAUAUUUAUUAUUGACUUGGUUGGUGAAAUUCUUAAUAUAGUUGUUUUUCUUAGUCUUACAACAUUUCGAGAAACUUCAUGUGCAUUUUAUUUAACAAUUCUUUCAAUUGUAAAUAAUAUUGGUCAAUUAAUAACAAGUUUAUUAACUCGCAUAAUAAUAACUGAAUUUAAUAUUAAUUGGAUACGAAAUUUAUUAUUCUAUUGUAAAUUUCGAAUAUUUGCUUCUCAAGUUACAAUAAUGAGAUUUCUUUUACAUGUAUUUGUUUGGCAACAAUUGAUCAAUAUUUUACAAUCUGUUGUCGAAUUUAAUGGCAAAGAUGGUGUCAUAUUAAAAUUACACAUCGUAUAA